ACCCUAAACGGGAAGCGAGCGACUCAGGACAGAUCCCGUAGUGCGGUGCGGGGGCCAUGCGGACAACCUCCAGAGCGAGAAGGUCGCGGAGCCCCUGCUCUGCCGCCCCGGCCCUCCCGGAGGAGCUCGUCGUGUGGGAGAUCCUCAUCCGCCUGCCGGCGAAGGCGCUCCUCCGCUGCCGCGCGGUCUGCCGUUCCUGGCGCCGCCUCACCUCCGGCGCCGAUUUCCUCCUCGCCCGCCACCAGCGCCAACCGUCGCUCCCGCUCUUCGUCUCCAGCGGCCAGAUCCUCUUCGUCUCCAUCGGCCAGAUCCGCGCCUCCGGCAACGUCCCCGGCUCCACCCUCGACGCCUUCGACCUCCGGGCAGGCCCCGCUGCCGCCGAGCGUCGUCCUGCUAUCCUCCGUUUCACAGAUUGCAGUCCCUACCUUGAGUUCAAGGUCUACGCCUCCUGCAACGGGCUGCUCCUGCUCUCCAUCUGGAAUCACCGCUUCUACUACAUCUGCAACCCGGCCACGUGCCAGUGGAAGGCGCUACCGAGCCUCCUCGGCGCCAAGGUCGCGGCGCUGUACCCGCACAGCUCGUCUGGCGAGUACCGCGUCUUCUACACGAAGCAGACAAAGCCGGAUGUGGAUGCUGCCUACUAUUUCCUCACCUUAGGCUCCGUUGCAGAGCCAAGGUGCGUUGGUCUGCCUGCCGCUGCAGCCUCGGCGUCCAUCAAGAAGUACAUCGCAGCUGGGUUGCUCUUUGGCAGUGAGCGCCCGUCUGUCUAUGUCUUGCUCCAUAGCUGCCUGCAUUGGAUCCUCUACAGCUCACAGUUAGAGGAAAAUGCUCUGAUUGUUUUCGACACGGUUGCUGAAUCUUUUAGGGGCAUGAGUCCUCCUUCUGAGAAUCGGCCGUUUCGGCAUUUGCUAGAGAUGAAUGGUACGCUCGGCUUCAGCCAUAUCGAUGAGAGCAAGAUGCUGGUGAAAUUAUGGGUGCUACAGGACUAUGAGAGGGAGGUCUGGUCAUUCAAGUAUCAGAUUGAACUCCCAAUGCUGGAACUGAGGAGGAGUAUUGAUAAGAAUUGCAGUUUGAAGGUACAGGUUGUAUCGGAGAAAGGAGAUGUGCUGGUCUCCUGUUCCUGUUUCUGUCAUCUGUUUCACUGUGACAGCAUGGGCAAGUUGCUGCAAAAGUUCCGACGGCGUCGUGUGUUUUCAAGGCCUAUUGGACAUUGGUUCAAAGAAAGCCUUGUCAGACAUGCAUUCAUACAGGGGCAAGAUGGUGAUCAUGUGGUUCUGCCACCUUUCUUUCAAGGUUUCUAGUUUGGUUAGUUGUUGUUGAUGGUUUUGAUAUCUGUGGCUUACACUCUUUAAGCAACUGGGCUAUGCAGAACAAUUUUUGUUAGGGAUUUUGAACUCAGUGUCUUGCUUUUCAGCAAUGUACUGCAUAUUCAGUCAUCGUGCCACACUAAUGAUAGAUACAACAACAACAACAACAACAACAAUAACAUAGCAUUUUGUCCCAAGCGAGUUGGGGUAGGCUAGAGAUGAAACCCUAAACACUAAUGAUAGAUAGUAGAUAAAUUUAUGUUCAUAGGCUCUUUGUUCCAUUUCUCAAUUUAUCAUUUAUAUGUAGCUGCUCCCACAUAACAUAUGUGGAAAUAGAAAACUUUGUAGAACAAGUAUAAUAGUAUAUGGGUUCAUCAACUGCUGCACAAUGCAGCCCUCUCUUAAACUUGGAUGAUGCCUGCCAUAUAUGUUAGUAGUGGCAGUAUUCUCCUGCAAAGACCAGGGCAUUUGAAGUCCAGAACCAAAUGGAAGUAGGUAAGACCAGAUCUGGCAGUGAGGACAAAUAACUAGCCUUUAGCGGACGGCUGGUGACAUUGCUAAUUUACUACAGUAUACAAAUACCUUUCAGGUAGUUAAUAAUGUAUAAAAAAACUAAAUAUGGAGAGGCAGUGCCAUGGCGUUGUAGAGGCCAAAGUUUAGACUUUCUGUGGAUGUUAAGGAAAGAAGUUUUGUUUACAAAGGGUGCUUAGCCUGAAAAGAACUGGAAAGUUGGAAAAAACUGAAGUGUAGUUUUUGCACACAAACAUAUAACAUCGAUCUUGUGUCCAGUAAUAAGCUAUAUGUGGGGUGUUACCGGCACGUUGUAUUAAGGCAAUUUCAGAGGGUUACUUGCACAUAUAACAUCAUGCUUUCAGGCUACUAGGGAAAAGAAACUGCAGGCUACCUGCCCUGUAAUGGCAUUUGCAUUCUGGAUGACAGCAUUGCUUCUCUAAUCAUGAUGUUACGAAAGUGACAGAAUGUUCCCCAGUCUACUAUUGGAAGCUGAAGCAUGACAAAGGGAGGAAAUGGUGGCAGAAGCUGCUAGCUGCAUUUAUACUUGAUGUGGACUGCGGAACGUGGGUUUGCAGUGUGGCAACUAUGGUAUUUUAUUUAUAUGUGCACUGAUGCUGAUGGUGAAACUUUGCAAACAUUUGCAAUACUGUGGGAUGUGCACUGGUGACAAUUCAAAGACCAAGGCAUGGGGAGUUACUUGCAGUGGGCAGACUCUUAUGUUACUACUAUCUAGAAAAAAGCAUGCUAUGAGCCUCUUAUAGCCAAAAGCUGGACAUUUUGGAAAGCAAGAUGAUGCUUGUCAUCACCAUGAAGGUACCAAGGAACUAUGGAGUGGUCGAAUGGCUGCGCGAAAUUUUGUUAUUUUCUCAAGGUGGAAGCUUUGUGAAUGGCCGAUGUAGUGCAUGCGAUGGGGAAAAACAAGGUAAUCUCUGGAAUGGGAACUCAUGAUCCUACUACCUCACUUCUUUCAGUUUCCUUUUUCCUGUUUUUUUUCUUUAGAAAAGUUGUUUAGACUUUAGAUAUAUGGUUUUGUUUUCAGCAUACUGAUUAUUUAGAAUUGAAGCCCUUGCCAGCAUGUCCAAAACCUGAGACUGCAUCAGAGAAGGUAGAUAAGUAGAUAACGCAAAUGCAAUAGUGCAUAUGACGAGGGUUCAACUACCCCGAUAUGUAUAGUUUGGUUUCCCAGAACUUCUUGGUAACUGGUUGGUAAAUUAAAGCGGAGGUAACGGGUUCAGUUCUCAUCAGAUUAAAAUUGUAUCCAAUUUGUUCAGAAUAACAGACUCUACCUUGAAGUAACAUACCAGCAUCUUGUUCAGUACGUCCGAAAUUUGUUCAGAAUAACAGAUUCUAACUCGAAAUAACAUACUAGCAUCUCGUUCAGUAUGUCUGAAAACGCGUGAGAAAGGAAAGGAAAUGGAAAUAGCAGCAAUCCGAGAGACUUGCUGAAAUAUCUGCUUGGAACAAAUGAUCAUGAGGAAAAGGUGGAUGCUGAAUGCAGGAUGAUCCGUGAAGUGAGGAAGACCAAGAAACAUGGACAUAGCUUAUAAUAAAUAUUGAGUUGCAUACACCGACCAGCUUAACCCAAAAGUUUAAGCUGAUGGGGAGAGGUGGGCAAUUCACUUAUAUUCCAACACUCCCCCUCACGUGGAGGCUCCCUUAGGCCUCAGACGUGGAAUAGGAGCGAGCAGCAAUUAUUUUAUUUAAUUGCGCUAACUAGGAUUCGAAUUCGAGACCUCUGGCUCUAAUACCAUAUUGAGUUGCAUACGCCGACCAGUUCAACACAAAAGCUUAAGUUGAUGUGAAGAGGUGGGCAAUUCACUUAUAUUCCAACACUCCCCCUCACGUGGAGGCUCCCUUAGGCCUCAGACGUGGAAUAGGAGCGAGCAGCAAUUAUUUUAUUUAAUUGCGCUAACUAGGAUUCGAACUCGAGACCUCUGGCUCUGAUACCAUAUUGAGUUGCAUGCACUGACCAGUUUAACCCAAAAGCUUAAGCUGAUGGGGAGAGGUGGGCAAUUCACUUAUAUUCUAACAAUAAAUAAUAAUUCAUACGCAGCAUCUGUAACUGUACUGAUUGAAGCAAAAUUUGGCUUGUGAGUUGGGAGCUGUCUGUUCUCAACAAAGAUCUGUUUAAGGUGCAUAUGAACUGAUGUACUCAACAGUCAACACAACCUUUUCUCUUCCUUUAGGAUGUUUUUAGUAACGUUGACAAUCUCAAUAGGAUGUCUUCCUUUUGGCAUGUUAUGCAGAACGAUCAUCAAUAGUGUGCUGAACAUAACAUGCUCUGUUUUCUCUGUUAGCCAUAUUCAGUCCUUUGCCUCAGAAUGGCCUCUGAGAUCGUUGGAUCUUUCCUAACUAAUUUCAGUUCUUCAGGAAGCAUCAUGCAGGCAGGUACGUAAGAUGUACAAUGCACGGAUGUGAAGCACGUGAUGACAGAACCGAACCCCAAGACAGCAUGGUGAAUGUAUCGAGAAGAUGGAAGGACUGUCUGGAGUACAUCCUUGGACUGGAGAUGAUGUCAAGCCGGUAUAAGACUGCAAGCUAACUAAUUGACUUUGUGUCAACCUCAGACGCCGCGAACGAAGUCGCCUGCGAGCUGAUUGCUGAGCCGGUCCAGGAGCCACGAGUAGAAGAGCAGCAGGAGGACGCCAUUGAGCACGCUCCAGAAGACCUCGUUAACCCCGCUGACCUGCAAGGCAAGCCCCGGAGCAUAACCAUAAUUUAAAUUAUUCAGUGUUUAUUUAAGUAUUUGUGCAUUUAAGUUUUAGGAGUUAUAUGAAACCCUAGUAUGCAUGUUCUCUCUAGGUACCUGUGAGUCCAUACUAGUGUGCAAGUAUCGUUAGCAAUGUUUUGCUAAGUGGGAUCUCGGUAGAAGUCGAGUGAUUACUGUCACUCGCGAGUUUUAGGAUCUUGAUUCCUUAGUUAUGGCUUUGAAAUGAAUUGUUGAGUAAAGAGAAAUGAAGACCGGGCGGAAAUGAGUUGGAUUAAUGGUAUGGAAUGGAUGAAAAGAAAUCUCCGCCUGUGUCAAUUGUGGACCGUUCCGUUGUUGGCAGUGUUGACCGAGUUUGAACAGUACUAACCACAUGCCGGAAGUAGGAGGUAGUCGAAACCGGUAAGCUAAUUACUGGAUUUGCAACGAUACUUUGAAUCGCGACCUGCUACUCUGGGAGUGGAAUGAUGGCGGGUGUUGGAUAGUAUGUCGCCUCCGGGUUCUCAAGGAGUUCGCCGUGAGGGACCCUUCACCCGGGUUUUGGCAGGCGUGAUUCAGACGUCGGGGUGAUGAUGGGAACAGUUGACGUGUGUGGCCCGACGGGGUUUACGCGUGUCGUGUGAGUUAGGUCCACCUUGCAAGGUUAAAUCAGAUCGAUUCGCCGUCUCUCUCGGUUAAGAGAACCUUGGUCACUUUGUCGCAUCGUAGUAAGAAAGUGGAAUGAAGGAGGAAUGGAAAAGAUUGGUUUGUGAGUUACUGAAGAAUAAUCUGCUCCACCAUGUGUGCUCUAGAUGUUUAGGCGAAUUUAGUUAAUACUCGAUGUACUAAAUGGAGCUAAAAUAUUGAAAGUAAGGAUUCACUUCUAGCAGCCUUUCAGCAAAAAGAACUCCAGAGCCAAAAAGCUUUGCAUGUCUAGGUAAUGGGCUAAGUAUACCCAAAGUCGGGUAAGCCUUGCUGAGUAUUAGUAUACUCAGGGUUGUUGUUGAACCCUUUUAAGCAGGUUGUGUCCCCGCUGACUUCGAGGAGGUCUGCGCGUCCUGGAUUGGACAUCCGCUUCCUCCUGGGUAGACUGUCGAGUGGGCCCCGUCUUCCCCGUGAAGAUCGGGCAGGUUGGCAUCACAUCGGUGGGCAGGAUGUGGAGCUCACCUUGUAUCGUCGUUGUGGUUAUCGUAUUGUAUUUCGAACUCAGUUUUAAACUUCCGCUGUGCUUUUGAACUCUGUCGUUUGUAUUCGAACCUUUUAUGUAAAACUUGUGUUGUAAAUUAAUUUGAAGAUCUCUGUAUGCUGGUAUCACCUGUGCUCAUCUUCGUACGGGUCUAAGUGCAAUUGUGAUCCUGGAGUAUAGUAGUUUAAUCGGGAUUUUACCCGACAGCCUGUCAGGUUACACCGUUUUAAGUGCACAGUAACUUGAUUAAGUAUUGAGAUGAUGGUUAGUGCAUUUGAGCCGGUUUAAUUUGGACGGUGCUGCUACAGUUACUUAUGGAAAUGUUGCUGGAGAAUGAAUCAAUGAGGAAAGAAAAUGGAGACCUCGCGGAGAUGAAUUUGGUUAUGGAUAUGAAAUGAAUGGAAAGUGAGCCUCUGCCUGUGUCGAUUGAGGACCGUAGCGUUGUUGGCAUUGUUGAUCGAGGAUUGAACAGUACUAACCGCAUGCCGGAAGUAGCAGGCAGUCGAAACCGGUAAGCUGUGUACUGCUUUACAACGAUACUUUGAAUUUCGACCUGCUACGCUGGGCAUGGGAGUUGGCGGGUGUUGGAUAGGAUGCCGCCUUCGGGUUCUCUGGGAGUUAACCGUGAGGGUCCCAUCACCUGGGUUUUAGCAGGCGUCGUUCAGAUAUCGUGGUAAUGAUGGAAACAGUUGACAUGUGUGGUCCAGUGUGGCUUGCAUAUGUCGUGUGAGUUAGGUCCACCUUGCAAGGUUAAAUCGGAUCGAUUCGCCGUGACUCGCGGAUAUGAGAGCUUGGUCACUGUGUCACAUCGUAGUAAGAAUUGGAAUGAGAAUGAAAGGAUGGUGAUAUGAAUGUGAUGAUGUUAUGGUUAGAAGCUUAAUGUUGUUCACCAUGAUUGCUCUAGAUGUUGGUGCAAACCUAGUUGGUAUUGGUAUAAUAAAUUUGUGCUAAAAUACUAAAAGUAAGGAUCCACUAUUAGUAGGUUUUCAGCAAAAUAACCCCAGAGCCAAAAAGUUUUACAUGUCUAGGAGUCGGCUAAGUAUAUACCAAUAGUCGGGUAAGUCUUGCUGAGUAUUAGUAUACUCAGGGUUUGUUGUUACCCUGUUUUUAAGUGUAGCUACUACUGGUUGGAGCUAACAAGGAUUCACAUCGGUGGGCUCGAUGUGACAUCCUCACAUCUUCGUAGAUACCGUUGUUUUCAAACUGAUCUUUUAUUUAAAUUCCGCUGCAUGUUGAACUCUCAUAAUUACUUUAAACUUUUUUGUAAAGCUCUAAUUUAUAUUUUAAAUUUGAAAACCUUUGUCUGCUUGUAAUCAUCUGCGCUCGUCGUCGUGCGAGACUUCCAGUGUUUUUUAUCCUUAACGCAACAGGCUGUCAGAUUACAUCAUUUUAAGUGCGCGAUAACUUGAUUAACGCUUAAGAUGAUAGUUAGCACACUUAAGCCGAUUUAAUUUGGGCGGUUCUGUCACACAUGGCAUCAUUGAUGGCGCUAGGGACUUCAUCGACACAGCGAAUAGAGCCCAUGUGCCGCUCACCUAGGGGCGCUUGCUGCGGGAAACCCCUGGGCUGUCGCAGCGGCAUCAUGGGUCGACGCCGCGCAGUAGGGUGGGCGGAGGGGGAUGGAGGGGCGAUGGGGAGGGAGGGAGACAAUCAACUAGAGAUCAGAGAUGGCAGUGAGGGGAUGGCUGCACAAUCCCUCCUGCCCUCUCUGCUGAAGUGCCCCAGAUACCGCGUUUCACCUUCUGGCAGAAUGCCAAUUUACGAGAAGAGUGUGGAGCCUAGUUGCGUGCGUCGUGGCACAGCCUACUUUGUGCCCGCAAUGCUGGAGGUCGAGUGAGGACACCCUACAAUGGUGGACUAACAUCACAUAAGGCGAACACGUUCCACAGAAAGCGAUGUGAUUCUUUCCCUCUCCCUGUUGGUAAUCUAGGAGAUUUGGUGUGAGAGAAACGCCAGAAUUUUCAGAAAGCAGGAAAUGUCAGCCCCAGGACUUUUCUCCAAAGUAAAGAACGAGGCAGCAGCUUGGCUCUCGCUGGAGCCAAAGAUUUGGAGUCACUUAUACAGAGAGUAAUCCAUUUUUUACAUUUCCUUUCCGGUUAGGCGGCUGUACUCUCCUUUAUCAAUGAAAUCGGCACAAUCUCGUGCCCGUUCGUUCAAAAAA